AUGUCUGACAGCGGGGACAGCGAUGUUGCGUGGACUUACUACAAAGAUCGUCCGGAGUGGAAUGAUGUGACCCCAGUGCCGGAGGAUGAAGGUCCUAACCUAGUCGUCGUCAUCGCUCAUUCAGAAAAAUUUGUUGAUGUGUAUGACUAUUUCCGAGCCGUGCUCCAAAACAAUGAGAAGUCUGAGAGAGCACUACACCUGACGAAAGAUGCUGUAGAAUUGAAUCCAGCUAACUAUACUGUAUGGCAGUACAGGAGGGACCUGCUCAAAGCUUUGGGGACAGAUUUAAGAUCUGAGUUGGAUUAUGUAGAGUUAGUAAUUAAGAAUUCUCCUAAGAACUAUCAGGUCUGGCAUCAUCGGAGAGUACUGGUUGAGUGGCUUCAAGAUCCAACCCAGGAGCUGGAGUUAACAGGAGAUGCCUUGAUGCAGGACCCUAAGAACUAUCAUGCGUGGCAGCAUAGACAGUGGGCUAUUAAAACUUUCGGACUCUAUGAAAAGGAAAUGGAUUUCGUAGAUAACCUUAUCACAGAUGACGUGCGUAACAACUCAGCGUGGAACCAACGGUACUUUGUUGUUAACAACCACUUGGGCUGGUCCGACCUCAAUGUACAAAGAGAAAUCUGCUAUACACUGGAAAAAAUUAAAUUCAUCAAGAACAACGAAAGUGCUUGGAAUUACCUUAAAGGAGUGUUAAUACAUGACAAGAGAGGAUUAAGCGGGAACGCCGUAGUCACGUCUUUUUGUGAAGAACUUUACAAGAACAAGUGUCGGUCUCCUUAUUUGUUAGCCUUCAUUAUAGAUAUUUGUGACGAAGCGAUUAAAAAAGGCGAGACCAACUGUCUACAUAACGCUACUAGAGCCGUAGAACUAUGUCAAGCGUUGGGAACAAAGUAUGACAAAAUUCGUAGCAAAUACUGGAAUUACAUGUGUGAGAAAUUUAAAAAGGCUCAGCAAGAAGAAGAAAAUAAUAAAGACAAGGUGGAGAAUAUGGACGAGUGA